UCGCAACGAAAACCCAAACACUGACCCGUCAAUUGUCUCUCUCCGAUCCGUGUGCGAUAGACAGAGACGGUGCGAAAGUUUUCAUGACAGCCAUUUCAACUUGCCGUUGGUUCGGACAGUCGUGAAAUCGGAAUUUGAAGUGCGUUUUUUUUCUCGAUAAGUAACACGGGGUGUGGGUGCGUGCGUUGUGUGAACGGCGACGACCCGAGCAUCGCAAUGGAAUAAAAUUUCGGGCGUCGCUUGACGGUGACAUGAGAAUAAUAUAGCGCGAUGGCCUCCAAUUCCACGUUCGAGGUAAAGGUGCUGAUGGCCAAGGGCAAGCGGGCCACCGCCGCCUAUGUACUGGCCAGCUGCAGCACCACCACCAACUCGAAGCCCCUGAACGAAGUGCUCGACAACGUCCUCAACCCCGCCAAACCGAUCUACGAAUGGGAGACCGUCGACUGGUGCAAGUGGCUCAUGGCCGGGGGCAGAACGCCCGACGAAUUCAGCAAUAUAGUGAGAGCAUACGAUAACGCGACGACUUGCGGUUUGGUCUGGACGCCGAACUUUGUCGCGUACCGAUGUCGCACGUGCGGCAUCUCCCCCUGCAUGUCGCUGUGCACCGAGUGCUUCAAGAAGGGCAACCACCAACGCCAUGACUUCAACAUGUUCCUGAGCCAGGCCGGCGGUGCCUGCGACUGCGGUGACACGUCGGUGAUGAAGGAAACCGGAUUCUGCGACCGACAUGGACCUAACAAGGCGUCGAGCAAGGGCAAGGCGCCGUCAGAUCUAAUGUGCGUGGCGGAGGCGAUGAUGCCCCGUAUCAUACUCCGUCUCAUACAACAUCUGAGGGAGAACAGCCGUUCGGCCAGCACGGACGCUUACAAGGCCGCCAUCCAGGACGCCGAAAUGUACAUCACGAUGUUGUUGGAAUUCAACAAUAUGGGUGGACUGAUGCGUCGCGUUAUGACUUCCGCCCUCACUAAUCCGCAGAAAUACCGGGUUCUGAACGAGGUGCCAGAAAAUCCUAGCACCGAGUACGCACAGUACUUGCAUGAGUCGCGUACAAUUUACGAGGAGGCAUUGAAAUCUCUGCCGAACCCCCAACCGAUAGACGACUACCGCGACUGUCCGUCGCUCCGGGAGCAACUCGUCCACCGCACGCUGCUCGAGGAACUCGUUUUCUGGACGGUCAAGUUCGAGUUUCCCCAGAAGGUAGUCUGUUUGCUACUCAACAUGCUGCCGGAUCCCGAUUACAAGGAGGCGCUGACAAGAUCGUUCGUGCUACACUACAGUCGCAUCUCGAUGAUGCUGGAAAAGUCGCCGGAUCCGGACACGCUGAGUAAUCGCGUGGUGCACGUCAGCGUGCAGCUGUUCUCGAACGAGGGACUGGCUCUGCGCAUGACCGAACAGCUCAAUCUUUUGCACGUUAUGGUCGUCAGCCUCAAGUACAUGAUGAGCAAGAUCCUAAUACAGAAUUUACUACACGAUCCGCAAAAGAACUUUCAUUUCGUGGUUGAUUGUGGCAAGCCGGUGAUGAAGGACCACUGCUAUUGGCCGCUGGUCUCCGAUUUAAACAAUGUUCUCUCACAUCGUCCGGUCGCCCUCAAGUUCAUGGCCGAUGACACGUUGCUCGAAAUGUGGUUUGCAUUCCUCGGCGUCUUUCAAGGCAUGAACGUCAAUCAACGCGAACUCAGUCAACAUGUUGAAUUUGAACCGAACACAUAUUACGCCGCUUUCAGCGCCGAACUAGAGGCGAGCGCUUACCCCAUGUGGGCGCUCGUUUCCCAUCUCACCGACUCUUCAACCGCCGAACUGACCCGCAGAGUUCUUACUGCUUGUUUAAACGAACUAAAAGACUGGCUAGAUGCCAUCAACUUCACUAGUCCCAGUGUGAGCGACAGUUUGCAAGUGUCGUUCCAUUUGCCGUUGCAUCGCUACCUCGCCGUUUUCCUGUGCCAGGCGGUAGCAAAGCAAGGCAUCACCUUAAACGAGGUACUUCCCCCGUCGGACAUACUCAAUCUGCUGAUGAUGCAUCCGCUUCGCGUACAAGUUGCCUUCUAUGAAAUUCUGAACGGUCUGUGGGUGCGAAAUGGACUGCAGAUCAAAGGCCAAGCCAUGACAUACAUCCAAUGCAAUUUCUGUAACUCUAUGGUCGAUGCGGACUUGUAUCUGCUGCAGAUUUGUUGUACCCGAAUACCGGCUGAUACUUUCCUGAACAUUGUCAUAGAAAAAUUUCAUAUAAAAGAAUGGAUGAGUUUAUCCCCAUACCAAGCGCCUCAAAACGCCUAUUUGGAAGGCGAACAUGAUACUCCGAUGCUCGAAAGUUUCCUUACGUUCCUCGCGACGCUGGUGAGCGUGCGCACCAACCUAGGUUUACCCGAAACCGCCCUGAAUCGUCUCGAAAUGGUCACGUUGCUUUGCAUGGGCGACAAGACACAUUCGCAGCUGAUGGAACUGAUGCCCGAACGUUGCGGCACCUCGCAGAGCCGCGAUUUUGAAUCUCUGUUGGCCGAAGUGGCCGACUAUAGGGCGCCAGCUUUGGAGGCGAGCGGCAACAUGCAGCAGGGCAUGUACGUGCCCAAAGCGAAAGUGUGGGAGCUCCAGUACGAUCCCGUCCACGUUUUGUUGCGUGCCGUACACAGAAGAGACUUCCAAACAUCUAUGGAUCGAUACACCGAAUAUGCGAGGUGUGCCAAUAAAUUGAAAGCAGGCACGAGUCCCUGGCCUCCGUUCAGAAGCCCGGCCGAAUGUGGCGAAGCCUACGAAGAUCCGCGACAUAUUUUGAGGUCUAGGGUGUUCCACGCGGCCGCUCUGGUUGUUCUGUAUAAGGCGGUGCGCGGACACGUCAACGAACACGUGAUGGCUUUGGUCGUUUUCCUGUUGGAACAGGCUGUCAUUGUGUCUGAUCAAAAAGACGACAAAGACAAGAAAAUGUGUCCAAGCGGACCACAACCACCACGCAUGCUAGCCGACAUGGAUUUAACCAACUGGUUCGUCGGCGAUUGUCUCUUCGACAAUCUUCGUACAGAGAUCAGCAGAGUAUUCCUCUCGCAAGAACCUGAAGUGUCACCCAUCACGUACAGCUCUGACAGCGAUCCCGAUUGGGACUCGACGGAAGCGGACGCCGAGAUUGCGGAGAUGGCCCACAUAAUGCUUAAUGAACCGGCAGUCGGCUGGCAGGUCGACAUGGUCCAAGAUUCAUCCGGUAUAAGUGAUGUAAUGCUCUAUCGACCGCCGGCCGACUCACCACGGCCUUAUCCCGCUCUUCCUUCUUCAUCCACGUCCACUUCGUCCGUCUCUACACCGAUGGAGGUGGACCGCGUGACCACGGUCGCCACUGAUGCUGACAUCGAAUCUCCCACCGCAGAAACGCCGACCGAACGUCCGGCUCUACCUCCACCAGUUACUAUUCCGGCAUUGACAUCCAGUUCGGAACGGAGGUGGCCCCAAGAUUUGUCUGUACUAACCAGACUCGGUUCGGAUAUGGCACUCGUGCCGUCUACGUCGAAAGCACACCGAAAGAAAUACCCGUUGAGACGAAGACUGACUGUCGAGGGCGCCACGAGCAAUCCGCCCUCGGUAAAAGUGAAUGAAAGCGUGAUAUCUUUGCUCCUCCGUCUGCAUUCGCAACUUUCCUGCAUGCCGGAUAGUUUUGGAUUAGAAGCGGAUGAAGGAGGUCAAGCAGCGUCGUCGUCCACAGAGGACGUACCUCCGAUCGGCGACGGCACCUACUACAUCGGCCGGUUGUUGCGUCGUAUUGCGGCAGCCGACAGCAACUGUCUCCAGUAUAUAAGGGAGACGCGGAUGCGGCUGUGGCCGUCGCAGGAAGUGCGUGAGGAGGCCAAAAAACAGAAGGAGAACCAGGAACGAGAGGAGAGAAGGAGGAGGGCAAAGGAGAGACAGCAAAAGCUAAUGCAGGAGUUCGCCAACAAACAGAAGCAAUUCAUGGAGAAGGCGAUGGAGACGGAGGAGAAUGAGACUAGGACAGAAGGCGAGGAACCGAUUCUCGUUAGCAAACAGGAAUACGACUGUGUUAUUUGCAACCAAAGUACUCCAAGCACCGAAGAUAACCCGAUGGGUCUGGUCGUUUUAAUUCAGGCAACCAGCGUUAUCGGUCAUAGGCGGAAGUGCGGUCAACCCGAGCGGUCCGUUUUGCCGACCUGCGAGGAGGAACGUGAACAACUUCGAAAAGACGACACUCUGGCGGCGGAGUUCGAUCGCCGCGUCGAAGAGCUCGACUGCCACUUUGAUCCUCAAUCGUGGUUCCUGUCGGUGAACUCUGGCUGGGACGGCGGUGUGCACGUUCAAACUUGCGGCCACCAUCUCCAUUUAGACUGUCUACACGCGUACCUGUUAUCGCUGAGGUCGCAGCAAAGACAAAUAAAUCUUUUACAUGAGAAGGGCGAAUAUUUAUGUCCGUUGUGUCGACAAUUGGCUAACUCUGUGCUGCCGUUGUCGCCACAACUCGGUGACAAGGCUCAAAUGGUCAGAUCCAGACCAUCUAGCAUGACUCAGGUUUUGGACGAGCUCAGUGAAUUUUUAAAAGAAAACGACCAACGACCCAGCAAUUCGAAUAUGGCUGAGGCCAUAGGCAAGGUGAUGGAGGAUAUGUCCAGCAGCACUCAAUUGAAGCCACUUUUUAAACCGAAAUUCGACAAACCUAUAUCGCAAAGCCUGUUCCUGUUUGUCACGUCGAUUGCUCGUACCAAUUUGGAAGUCGAACUGGUGCAGCGCGGUGGUUCUCUAGUUUUAUCGUCCACUAAUCCGCCCAAUCCGUUGCUGCCUAAACGCGACUGCAUUGUACCUUUAUUGCACGUUUUGGCCGUCCAUGCGCGUGUUGCGCGAGUUUUUGCCAUGUGGCCGGCUUGGAUGACGUUCCAACAGUUGUGCGGUCUCCCACCAAAAACUCCUACGACGUCUUUGGCACCGAUUGAACGAGAAGUUCCCUUACUUAUUCGUGAUCCCACCGCUCUCUUGCUGCAAAUGCUUUUACUUCUUCCACUGCACCUUGAUCAAACGUAUUUUACUACAAUGGUCCAGAUGGUGUACAAUUUACUCUAUUACCAAGUAGUAACACAAGUGUCCUUCGGCUUGACAAACGCAGAACGUAUGCGAGCCGCAAACUUAAACAACGAAGGCGAAUCGAUUAAAAACUUGUCGGACGCUUUGGGCCUCAUUAAUUCUUGUUUGGGCGACACAGAAUUUUAUAUGGAAGAUGACAGUUCCGGUGAGAGUAGCACUAAACCCCAAGUAAACAUUGUCGCCUUAGAACAACAGGUUCAAAAGUUAUGUUUGCCGUUCCUGCGGAUCGCCGCCCUUCUUAAGCACCACCUGUACCAACAACCGUUGCCCGACAUCCGAACCCCGGCCAGCGAAUUCGUUCGUCUGGUUUACUAUCUGGAACUGGUGACCGAGUCGAUGGAUUGGGAAUGCUUCAACGCGGCGGUGGCCCUGAAUUGGCCGGCCUCGACGGACAUGAGCUCCGCAUCGCCGCGCAGCUGGUUCGCACAGUUCGGCGUGUUCUCCGCGAAGAGCCAGAUCGCUGCCCAGGGAUUUCUCAGCGAACAACAUCUCGCCUGGCAUCCGCCGCGGCUUCUGCAACUGCCUAGGGAGUACGAGAAAAUAUUCACGUAUUACCACGAAAGGCCGUGCAGCCAGUGCCACAGCGUUGCGCAGGAGACCAGCAUUUGUUUGUUGUGCGGCACGAUCGUGUGUCUGAAACAGAACUGUUGCAAACAGCAGAACGUGUGCGAGGCGGUGGCGCACGCCCAGGAGUGCGGCGCCGGCACCGGUGUCUUUCUCGUCGUCACCUCCACCUACAUCAUCGUGAUCCGUGGUCAUCGAGCCUGUUUGUGGGGCUCGCUCUAUUUGGAUGAUUUCGAGGAGGAGGACCGAGACUUAAAACGUGGUAAACCGUUGUACCUCAGCAAAGACAGGUAUCAGCUAUUGGAACAGCAGUGGUUGGCACAUAGGUUCGACCACACGAAAAAGACAUGGGUUAUGCACAGGAAUGCACUGUAAAAUAUUAAGGACGAUUAUUGCGCUCGUUAAUGGAUAUUUUUUUAACACGAAAUAAAGGAUAAUUCUAUUGA